GGAAGUAAAACGCCACCCACUCUUCUCUACAAUUUGUAAAUUUCGCAUUUGUCACUUUGUGUCAGCACUUUCACAAAGCGCUUCCUCUCUCUCUAAAAAUGGCAUGAAAAUCCAUUUCACAUUUGCUGCUCAUUUCACUAUUUACAAUAUUCUCUAUCACACACUUUCUAUAUAACUUUUGCCUUCACUUUCUCGAGAAAAUCUAAGCAAAACAUCAUAAAUACAAGAUAGGUGAGAGUCCUUUUCGUAUUGGGUUUUUCACUGAGAUCAUUCUGCAUUUGUUUGUUCUUGGGUUUGGAUUCGAUAUUUUCAUUCUGGGUUUCGUGUCAUUUCAUUGUCGGAUUACAACCUAUGUGGUUACUGCAUAGAUAUGUAUAAAAACCAACUGCAAGAGUUGGCUCAAAGAAGCUGCUUCAACUUGCCAUCUUAUUCAUGUAUAAGGGAAGGACCAGAUCAUGCCCCUCGGUUCAAAGCCACUGUCAAUUUCAAUGGUGAAACUUUUGAAAGCCCUGCCUUUUGCUCUACUUUGAGGCAGGCAGAACAUGCAGCUGCUGAGGUAGCACUGAACACACUUGCAAGCAGAGGCCCCUCCAGAGCAUUAGCUGCUAGAGUACUGGAUGAAACUGGAGUCUAUAAGAACUUGCUCCAAGAGACUGCCCACAGAGCUGGCUUAAAGCUUCCAGUGUACACCACUGUUCGUUCAGGUCCUGGGCAUGUUCCUGUUUUCUCUUGCACAGUUGAACUUGCAGGAAUGAGCUUUACUGGGGAGCCAGCUAGGACCAAGAAACAAGCUCAGAAGAAUGCUGCAAUGGCUGCCUGGUCUGCCCUAAAGAGAUUGGUUCAACAUGGCUCAUCAUCUUCCAGUUCAUUAUCUUCUUCUCUGGUGGAAAAUAGAAAGGGCAGUGAGGAGCAAGAACAAGUUGUAAUUGCUCGUUUUCUUGCAUCUGUACAACCUUCAGAAUUGAAGAUUAACAAGCAAAAUGAUUGCCAAACGGGACAUGAGAGAUUUAUCCCUGUCUGCAAGGACUUGACCCCUCCGACACCAAGCCUCUAUCCUAUGCAGAGCCAAAACUGGGCAUAUCCUAGUUUUUCCCCUGAAAUAGCCAUAUAUCAAAUGUGGCAGCAAGAACAAUUGCUGCAGUUGCACAACCGUCUGUUGACGCUUCAAGUUCCACCAGCCCCUCCUCCCGCUCCUCCAAUGCUUCCAUAUAUGCAGUCUGUACUGCCCCCAAAUUCCCAUAUAUUUUUUCCUUUAAGGAAGCAAGAAACUGUACCUGUUGGCCCCAGAAUUACAAUUGCAUCCUCAGGACCAUUACUAUGCCUCUCAGAUAAUGUGGACUCUGAUUCAGUCAGGGGCAAGUCCGCCGUUACCAUUCAGGAGAUAAAUGAGGAGAAACCAGAAGAUUUAUCUGACUGCUCACCAUCAAUAAUUUCAGAUCCCCCUGUUCUCGGCAACUUAAGCGCUGAAGCAAGAUUUAAGGAGAGUCACGAUGAUGACAAAAAUAAUGCAGUGGAGAGCAAAGUUGAAAAUGUUCGACUAGCAGAGAACCCAAGUGGGCAGUCUUCCCAUAGGAACACAGAUUCAGGAUACUCACAAGUAGACUUCCGGGUGCAGAGUCCAGGUGUUUUUGUCUCUUGCCAUGCUUCUUCACAAUUUUCUCCAAGACAAAGUUCAACAAGUUGUAGACCACCACCUACUGUGAUGAUUAGAAAUGUGGGUCCUAGACCUUUGCCUGCAGCACCUCCUGUACGAAUCAGAACAAUGGGUCCUGUUUCUUCAGUGCCCAGACCACAUGAUUUAGCAGCACAAAUUCCUGGUCCAUCAAGAAUGAGAACAGGAGCUCCUUCAUAUUCAGCCAGACCCCAGCCUCAGAGAAUGGACUUUGUGGGGAUGCACCCACGUUUCAUGGCACCAGCCGUUCGAAUAAGGUCAGUUGUACCAGUCUGUUCAGCUCCACCACCAGCACGGAAAAUGCCAACUGCGGGACAAGAAGGAGCAUUACUUAACAAACAGAAGAACGGUUCAGUACCUGAAGAUAUCUCAACAACUUCAGAGUUUUCCAAGCUUAGAAUAUGAGCAUAAACAUUGGAGAAUUCAUCCUAUUUUUUGCUUCUCUUUUCCGUAUUUGAUUAAUCUUUCUUUUUCUUAAAAAAAAAAAAUCAGAUACUCGGUUAGUAUAUUUUAAAAUUAUAUUUAUGGUGGUGUUUAUGCACCCAUGAUGCUUUAUGAAUGUAAUCAUAUAUAAAGGAGCUGUUAUAGUUUUUUA